CAUUACUAGUUUCAGUUAUCUUCAUAAAAAGAAUUUGAGGAUGAGAUUGAACACGAGCGCCAUCAGAACGUCGUCAGAUGGAGCCUGGCAGGGCGAUAAUCCUCUGAACCACGCCCUUCCGUUAUUGAUCGUUCAAACCAUCUUAGUAGUCUCUGUCAGUAGAACACUCGCCUUCCUCCUAAGACCCCUUCGUCAACCCAAAGUUGUCGCUGAGAUUAUUGGCGGCAUUUUACUUGGACCUUCAGCUAUUGGACGCAACAAAAAAUUGAUGGAGAUAGUGUUCCCUUCAUGGAGCACUCCAAUCCUUGAAUCAGUGGCGAGUCUUGGCCUCUUAUUCUAUCUCUUUCUAGUGGGAUUGGAACUCGACAUUCACACCAUUCGCCGGAGCGGCAAGCCAGCCUUCAACAUCGCGGCGGCCGGAAUUACCCUCCCCUUCCUCUUCGCCGUUGGAGUCACCUUCCUAAUUCAAAGAGCCAUUCACUUCCCAAACCACGCCACUGGCUACGUUCAGCACUUCGUCUUCUUGGGGGUUUCUCUCUCCAUCACUGCCUUCCCUGUGCUCGCACGUAUCUUAGCGGAGCUGAAAUUGUUGACCACACGUGUGGGAGAAACCGCCAUGGCUGCUGCGGCCUUCAACGACGUCGCUGCGUGGGUUUUGUUGGCCUUGGCUGUGGCUUUGACUGGUGGAGGACACAAAAGCAGCUUCUUGACAUCCAUUUGGGUGCUCCUUUCAGGAGUGGCGUUUGUUGCCUUGAUGAUGAUCCUGAUUAGACCGGCGAUGAACCGAGUUGCCGGGAAGUAUCGCGGCGAGCAUGACCCGUUGCACGAAACCUAUCUGAGUAUAACACUUGCGGGGGUGAUGUUAUCAGGUUUGGCAACAGAUAUGAUAGGGAUUCAUUCCAUUUUUGGAGGGUUUAUUUUUGGGCUAACGGUCCCCAAAGGGAGUGAGUUUGCGAGCAAAUUAACGAGAAGAAUUGAGGACUUCGUGUCGACACUGUUGCUUCCUUUGUACUUCGCGUGCAGUGGGUUGAAAACUGAUGUGACUAAGUUGCAGAGUGUGGUGGAUUGGGGAAUUCUUUUGGCGGUUAUAUCGACGGCGUGUGUGGGCAAGAUUUUGGGAACGUUCGCGGUGGCUGUUAUGGGUACGAUGCCGGUGAGGGAAUCGUUGACGCUUGGAUUUUUGAUGAAUACAAAAGGGUUGGUGGAACUCAUCGUUCUCAAUAUUGGCAGGGAGAAGAAGGUACUUAACGAUGAGAUGUUUACCAUCUUGGUGCUCAUGGCUCUCUUCACCACCUUCAUUACAACUCCAGUAGUCUUGGCCAUAUAUAAACCCUCUGCUAUUGUAAAUUCCAGAUCGCCAAAACCGCCACAGCUAACAAACUUGCAAGAGAAGCUUCGCAUUCUUGCUUGCAUCCAUGGAACUAGCAACAUACCCUCACUAAUCAAUUUUAUUGAAUCAAUACGAGCCACCAACACAUCUCAGCUCAAAUUGUACGUGAUGCAACUUACUGAACUCACUAAUAGCUCAUCCUCCAUCUUGAUGGUUCAACGAAGCAGAAAGAAUGGGUUUCCUUUCAUCAACCGCUUUAAAAAAGGAGCCAUGCAUGAGCAUAUAGCCACAGCAUUUCAGGCUUAUGGUGAAGUUGGUCAAGUUACUGUGCAUCAUUUGACAUCCAUUUCCUUAUUGACUACAAUGCACGAGGACAUAUGCCAUGUUGCAGAAAAGAAAGGUGUAGCUAUGAUCAUAAUGCCCUUCCACAAAAGGUUGGGAGGGGAAGAUGAAGAGGUGACAGAAGAUUUGGGACAUGGUUGGAAGGAGGUCAAUCAGAGGGUGCUUCAAAAUGCACCUUGCUCGGUUGCGGUGCUAGUCAAUCGUGGGGUUGGUAGAAGGUACGAAGAAAGAAUCGACAAUAGUGUUAUUGCACGGAAAAGGGUGUGCAUAAUUUUCAUUGGUGGACCACAUGAUCGCAAGGUUUUGGAGUUGGGUAGCAGAAUCGCAGAACAUCCAGCGAUUAGAAUGUCUGUUGUGAGAUUCACUUCGUACAGAGAAGCCGAGGACGAGGGACUACACAAUAACUCAUCAGAAUCCACAAAUCACUGGGAAAAAGAAAAGGAGCUGGAUGAGGAGGCAGUAAACGUGUUCAAGACUAAAUGGCUUGGAUCAGUGGAGUACAUUGAAAAGGACGCAACCAACGUAACAGAGGAGCUGUUAACAAUAGGGAAGGCUAAGAAGUACGAGCUUGUAAUUGUGGGGAAGCAACAGCAGCUUGUGUCAACGAUGUUGACAAACAUUGAUUUUAGUCCCGAGCAUGCAGAGCUGGGACCCAUCGGAGAUCUCUUGACCUCUUCAGGUAAUGGCAUUACGAGUUCGGUGCUCGUUAUACAAGACACACAUUUCAUAGAUCCAGACGAAACUACUCUCGCAAAGACAACAACGACCAAGAGCACUCUUACUACCGAUAUUAGCUCAGAAAUUUAACCACUCGUAGAAAUGAUAUCAGGUUUGUAUAAGCAACGUCCGCAUAAAAUGAAAUCGCGUAUCUGACAACUAUGUAUGUAAUGUAGCAACUAUAUGAAAAGCGAGUUCAAAAAAAGUAUAAUAU